UGAAAAAGUACUUACCCUGAAGAACAAACAAAUCUUAAUCGUUCUAUUCUCGGUAAACCAAAAAAAUUUGGCGCGCUUCCAACGCCAUAUGCAAACCUUCUAACAUAAAUUAUUUCACGCCGAUUGCACGGAAGCCUCGUGCGAUAACAUUUUUGACCAAGUGCCACCAUGAAAAUAGUUUACCAAAAUGUAUUUUGGCUGUUGAUGUUUGCUGCUUACAACUACCUAUGUCUGGCAAAUCAAAACGUCAUCACGAUCGGCGCAUUCUUCGACGAGGAAGAUGACCAGGCGAAAAUCGCCCUUAAAAGCGUAGUACACACCAUGAAUACAAUGCAACAAGAGUUUGAAUACGUCGUGAAGACACAAAAAGUUGCCAGAAUCGAUAGUUUUCAGUGUUGUAGACUCCUGUGCAACAUCACGCAAGAAGAAGGAGGGUUGGCGGCGGUUUUUAGCCCCACUUCAUUUACGUCAUCGUCGAUUAUCCAAUCCGUGAGCGCGAAUUUGGAAAUCCCCCACUUUCUCACAAGUUGGCACCAAUCGGCGUUCUUUGAUGAUAAACACACGACUAUUAAUUUCUACCCAGAUGCGUAUUUGUUGUCUCAGGCUUUGGCCACAAUUGUUCGAAAUUUGCAGUGGAGGAGCUUUGUGAUUCUAUAUGAGGAGAACGACGGUUUGGUUAGGUUACAAGAAGUACUGAAAUUGCAAAGUUACAAUAAACACAGUACUGUAAUGGUGCGGCAGUUGGAAGGACCCGAUUGUAGACCUUUGUUGAAAGAAAUUCGGGCCUCUAGUGAACACAGAAUCAUUUUAGACUGUAAAUCAGACAGUAUUCUUAGGGUUUUAGAACAGGCGAAAGAAGUGGGCUUGAUGGAGUCGUCGUCCUACAAUUAUUUUUUAACGUCGCUGGAUGCCCACACUGUUGAUUUUUCGUCACUACAUGCCUCUGUCAAUAUUACCACAAUCAGAAUUCUUGAUCCUAGUAGUGAGGAUUUUCAGAGUGCCUUAACUGAAUGGGAACAGUAUGCAGACUUUCAUGAUCCGAAUCGAAUUCAGUUUAGACCUUUCUCUAUUACAACCAAAACGGCUCUUAUCUAUGAUGCGGCUGAAAUGUUCAUGAACUCAGUAAACGCGGUCCAUGUGACUGAUCCCAUUGUCCCAACGAUUUUAUAUUGCGACAGUGAGGAGAAAUGGGAGCAUGGGUUCCGAAUUGCUUCUUUUAUGAAAGUCAAAACAAAUCCCGUUGGAGUAAGCGGCCCCCUAGCUUUUGAUUCCACCGGUAGGCGUACAAAUUUCACGAUUUACGUUGUUGGGGGUCAUCGUGACAACGUUGUCGCUACGUGGAACGCCGAAAGCCCUGACGUUCUCACAUUCAUGAGAAGCGACAACGACAGCUACGACGCUUUAGUCAAAAAUAUGCAAAAAGGAGUUUUGAUAGUUUCUUCCAGAUUAGGUCCGCCGUACUUGAUGGAACGCAAACCUCGCUUCGAAGGGGACGUUCUCACUGGUAAUGCGAGAUAUGAAGGUUUUUCGAUGGACCUGAUAGACGGCAUAGCUGGAAUACUCGGGUUUAAGUACGAAUUUCGACUUGCCGAAGAUGGAAAGUAUGGGAAUUACGAUCCGGUGACCAAAUCGUGGAAUGGGUUAAUUAAAGAUUUGUUAGACCGCAAGGCCGAUUUGGCCAUCUGUGACUUAUCGAUAACGCACCAGCGACGCGAAGUGGUCGAUUUUAGCAUGCCCUUCAUGCGUCUAGGAAUAAGCAUUUUGUACAAAAAAGCCGAAGAAAAAGACGUUAACAUGUUUGCUUUUCUUACCCCGUUUUCGACUGACAUUUGGAUUUAUACAGCCACUUUGUACUUAGCGGUUUCUGUGAUUUUGUACCUAGUGGCACGUAUGGCACCCGGUGAUUGGGAAAACCCCCAUCCAUGUGACCGCCACCCCGAAGAACUUGAGAACAUCUGGAACCUAAAAAAUUGUUUGUGGGUCACACUUGGUUCGAUAAUGACGCAAGGCUGCGACAUUUUACCCAAAGGAAUUUCUUCCCGAAUGGUUACUUCCAUGUGGUGGUUCUUUUCCCUCAUCAUGACGAGCUGCUACACCGCAAACUUAGCCGCCCUACUCACAAUGGAACGCAUGGAACCAGUAAUCGACAGUGCCGAAGCCCUCGCCAAACAAACCAAAAUCAAAUACGGUACGGUUGAAGGCGGCGCCACCCAAGCUUUCUUCCGCGAAUCCAACUACUCCACUUUCCAGAAAAUGUGGACCAGCAUGGUCCAGGCUCAACCCAGCGUCUUCGAGAAAAACAACGCCGACGGAGUUAAACGAGUACAGGGUAGCAAAAAUCGACUGUAUGCUUUUUUUAUGGAGUCGUCACAGAUUGAGUACGAGACUCAAACUAAGUGUGAUUUGAAGCAAGUUGGGAGCUGGUUGGAUACUAAGGGGUAUGGGAUCGCCAUGCCCAUUGACUACCCCUACAGGAGUGCCAUAAAUAGGGCUAUUUUGAAGCUACAGGAAGAUUCUAAGUUGAAGGAGUUGAAGAUAAAGUGGUGGGAAAAGAUGCGGGAUGAUCCUCCUUGUAUUCCUGUCAGGUCGUCGGAGAAAAGUUCGUCCGAGUUGGCGCUGGCUAAUGUGGGUGGGGUGUUUUUGGUGCUGGGGAUUGGGGUAGGGGUGGCUUUUAUUUUAGCGAUGAUGGAGUUUUUGUGGAACGUGAGAAAUGUUUCGGUGGAAGAACACCUGAGCUACUUUGAAGCUCUAAAACUCGAAGUUGCAUUUGCUUCAAACAUAUGGGCAACCAAAAAGAGGACAAAGGCAAAAAAUUUACAGUCUUCAUCCCACGGUGACUCUAAAAGUUUCCUUCACUCAGUUAUGUCAAGUAAAGUUGGCACUCCUGCCACAGAUGAAUAAUAGCUUGGGCAUCGUUCCAAAGUUUGAAACGCAAUAAAACACAAAACUAUAAAAA